AUGGAUGUGAGAAACUCAAUCCAGAUUACUACAAGUCAAAGUCAACGUGGUGCUUAUGAUGACGAUGGCCAUGCUAAAAGGACAGGAAAUUUAUGGAGUGCUGUAGCUCAUAUCAUCACUGCUGUUAUUGGUUCUGCUGUUCUUUCUCUUGCAUGGAGCACUUCCCAGUUGGGCUGGAUUGGAGGGCCACUUGCAUUGCUUUGUUUUGCAAUCAUCACCUAUAUUUCUUCAUCCCUCCUUUCUGAUUGUUAUCGAAACCCAGAUCCUCUCACUGGGAAAAGAAGCUGUUCAUUCAUUGAUGCUGUUAGAGUGAAUCUUGGUGAAAGAAACACAUGGUUGGCUGGUUUCCUUCAGUUUUUCACUUUGGCAAUUCUGGAAGCAAACUGUUAUCACAAGGAAGGGCAUGAAGCUCCUUGUACUUAUGGGGGUACAAUUUAUAUGGUGAUGUUUGGAGUUGUUCAAAUUGUAAUAUCAUUCAUACCAGACCUCCAUAACAUGCUAUGGGUCUCAGUUCAGGCGGCAGCUAUGUCCUUUACAUACUCUUUCAUUGGACUAGGACUUGGCAUAGCAAAAGUCAUAGAAAAUGGAAGAUUUAUGGGGAGCAUAACAGGAAUACCAGCUACUAACACUGCUAACAAGUUAUGGUUAGUCUUCCAAGCACUUGGUGACAUUGCUUUUGCUUAUCCAUUUGCCUUGCUGCUUCUUGAGAUUCAGAUACAUUGA